AUGCGCACAAGAGGUCUCAUUAGAUCCUCCCUGCAGCAUUCACCAAGCCAGAGCUGUAAGGGAUGCCAUAAUAAUUUAAAUGGACGUCUCAGCUAUGAUAUAAUUAAAAGCCUACGAGAGGAACUUGAAUUAAAAUUUUAUGACAAUACAUUUGACUGGAAUAAAGUGCGCAGUAAUGAUGCUGCCGGUCUUCUCAAGAUGUUUAUCAGAGAGUUGCCCACGCCUCUGUUUACAAUGGAGUACCUCCCAGCCUUUAUCGCUUUGGCAGAAAAAAUCUCCAAGAUCAAAUUGCAGCUACAGGCUCUUCAUCUAUUAAUCAUGUUACUGCCAGAUGCCAACAGAGAUAUUGCCAAGGCAUUGCUACACUUUCUGAAAAAGGUGGUAUCCAAUGAAGAGAAGAAUAAGAUGAGUUUGUGGAAUGUAUCGAUGAUAAUGGCACCCAACCUUUUUAUCUACAAGGGCAAAAGUGCAAACCAGGAGGAAAUGAAGGCAGCUGCCUCCACGGCUCAUAUUGUUAGACUUCUAAUUAGGUACCAGGACAUCUUGUGGACGGUUCCAUCCUUUUUAAUUUCUCAAGUUCGUAAAAUGAAUGACGCAGCUUUGAGUAAUAACAAAAAGCAGCUAAUUUUCGAUAAAAGUGUAAGGAAGCUGUUACAGAGGAAGACAAUGGAAAGAGAGAGACCUGAAAGACGUGAGCACCGAUAG